UGAUCACCGGCGUCUUGGGAACAUCAUCAAUGUCAUCAACUGUCAAAAUUGAAAGUUUUCGAUUAAAAAAUUUAACAAUGAAAUGAGUGAUUCUGGGCAUGAAUUGCGUGAAAACAAUGAAAAAAUCGUAAAGUUAAUGUCGAUUCUCAAAAAACAACGAAACGAAAUGAAUUAUUUAAUAGAGAAACAGAAAGAAGAAAAAAAUCGGAUACAAAACGAGAUUGAAAAAUUAACGUUUAAAUUGUCGUUGUUGACGAAAAGUUUGGGCCAGAGAGUCCAAGCGAAGAGUAAUUACGAUAAAACAAUCAAAGAAAUUGAGGAAAAUUACUCUAGUCUGGUGGAAGAAUCGGGAAAACUUCUCUCUACCAUCACCAAAGAGGUGCACGAAUUGGAGGAAAUCAUGGAUAAGAAAAUUGGGACGGAACAAGAGAAACGACGUUCACUGGAAGAAGAAGCCCGUGAAAAGUCGGGAGAAGCCCUCGAAAAGUCCGAAGAAGCCCUCGAGAAGGCCGAGGAAAGGUCCCACGACUCCCCCACCAAUGGCUCAGCUGUCCUCGAAGGAGAAGAUGACGAACAACUCGAAGGCGAACAAGAAACAUACGACGAAAUCUCGCAAGACAAGAGCGAAGAAGAGAUGGAGAAAAAGUCCUCCCCCUCAAAAAUCGACAAACCGCCCCCGAUUAAAUCCCUCUCAAAUGGGGUUAAAAACUUCAAGAAUAGCAUCGACGUCGAAUUGCAGAGUUACAGAGAGGCGUACGGCCGCCAACACACCUCCGCGUCGCCCCCACACUCCAUUAACGGCGCUGCUGGGAAUAGCAAACGGGACUCCGUCCCCAGCAAAGCGAGUAGACGCAAGUCGGGCCCCCGUUAAUUACCUUGUAAUAGUACAAUGUCACGUCCGUCCUGGCUCUCAACGACGCCCUAAAACCCCAAAAUUAACCCCAUUCCAAACUUUCAUAUACAAACCUUGAGAAAAUCGGUGAUUAUGUUAGGGCUGCGACGUUUCGGGUCUGGAGAACAACAAUCGUCGAAAACGGCCUUCACGCGACGACCUACAACAACCAAAAUAGGUGUUAAGUUUGUCUUGUCAUUUUUGAGGUUAUGUCAAAUAAAAUUAUGUUUCCCUACAUGAAA